AUGGAUCCAUAUAUGAGCCUCUCUCAACAGGAGAGAGGGAGGAGGCUGAUAGAGGCGGCCGAGCAGGGCGCGGCGGAGCAGGUGCGCGAGUUGCUGGCGGCGGGGGCGGACGUGGGGGCGAGGCAGGAGUGUGGAGGCGGCUAUACCGUCCUGCACUGGGCAGCAGAGAGCGGUCACGUCGCGGCGGCCAGCUGCCUCGUCAGCGCCGGCGCGGAGGUCGACGCCAGGGACAGCGUGUAUCAGUGGACGCCCCUGCACUUGGCUGCACGGAGUGGCCACGCUGGUGUGGUGCGGCUGCUGGUCGGCGCCUCUGCCGACCUCAACGCCAGGGAUCGGUGGGGGCAGACGCCGCUGCACUUGGCGGCACAGUUGGGCCGGGCAGAAGCGGCGGCUGAGCUCCUGCUGGCGGGGGCGGACGGGGGGGCCCGGGAUGAGCGUUGGAGGACCCCCCUGGACGUCGCCAGGGAGUGGGGAAAGCAGCAGCUGGUGGAUAUGCUGAGACAACGCUGA